AUGAGACUGAUUCCACACUUCUUGGCCUCAUUUCUUGUGUUCUACACGACAUGUAACAGCACUUCUGGAAGUGAUGAAGUGCUCUCUGUAGUCACAUCCUCUGAUUUUCAGAUGGAGCUAUCUCCGACCGUGGAAAAGCUCGAUGCUACUGCAGCAUCCAAGGUCGAACUGGCCAUCAAGUCGGCGAUUCUCUUGGCCGCUUCAGAAACGGAGACCUUUCAAUUUGCCUUUGACGUCGAUAUUGUGCUCCAAAAGAUUGAAUGGCUGGAGCGCACUAAUGAGUCAGUAAUUACGUCGUCGAGUCUUUUGCAGUUUGAAGUGCACAUGGCUUUCUUCAAGGGUGAUGCAGACCUGCCGUCUGCGUUUGCCUUGGACAAUCUCAUUUCGCGAACUUUUUCGCAACCUUCUUCACGAGCAACAUUUCUGGGGACUCUGGAACUUUCUCAAGAGCCCGUCCUUUCGUCCAUCAAAACGGUACAAAUUGGAGUUUUGGAGGACACGUCUAGUGAAGAUGUGACUACUGCACAGCCAAAGCUACUGUCAUCAUUGGACAUUGUGUUGAUCACUGCAAGUGUGAUCAUGUUCCUCGGAGUGGUUUAUGUCAUUUACCAGUAUCACAAAGAUAAGACAAGGCUGGAAGAGCAGCAAAAUAGAACUUUUCAACAGUGGAACCAAAGGACAAGAAAGGACAGAAAUCAUCAUCCAAAGGUAAACUACGCUGCUGAGUUGAAUCAAACAGGUUUUACAUCAGUACAAAGUGAUACUGAAUCAACACCAGGAAGCGAAAGUAGAGAUGAAACAACCACCCGUCAUCCUGAUAGCAACAUUCGGAUGUUUCCCAGUCCUCCCAUCUCUCCAAAUGUUGCAGAUCCAAUCUUACCAGAUGAGUUGCACUCAUCUGAAAAAAAGAAGCCGCCUACUUUGGCUCCCCCUGCAGCUACAAGAUCCAACAGACUAGGUUUUCGACUAUCAAGCUUACCUUCUAUGAACCCCAGUGGACGUAGAAAAGGCAUCUCGCAAUCCUCUCUUUCGGCUCAAGAAAAUUAUAUGAGGUCUGUGUCGGACAUCAGUGCCUCGAAGGGAUCAAGCGUUGGCGAUAUGUCUUCUGUAUUCAAGAUGUCCGCAAUGUCAGCAGCGUCAAGCAAUGGUGAUGUAUCAUCCAUUUUCAAGACGAGUGCUAGGCGAGGCUCGUACCAGCAAUCCCAAGGCUCUGUUGCAUCUAAAAGCAAUGCUUCUUCGGAAAAGACGAGACGCAUCACGAACCGGUGCUUCAACAACAACUGGUCCGAACACAAACGGAAGCCACUCGAAGAUGUCGAUGACCAGAUAAUGGCAAAUGUAUUUCAUGUGGGUACAACGGAAUCUCAGGACACAGACGAGGACGAGGAUGAUCGCAGCCGUAUGAGCGGGAGUGGACUUUCUACUAUCUCUGAAUGGAUGAAGUCUAUUCGAGUGGUGUCCUCUCGAUCAGAGAGAAGGCGUUCCUCUGUGAGGCAAUAUCGACUAGGUGCAAGAUCAGUCGACGUUUUGCCCGAUCACGCUUCGGUGCUAUCAUCCAACGAUUCUUCCUCGGCAGCAAGUGCGCCCAUCUAG